AUGAACGCGUGCGUUUCCUCUUCAACUGCUUGUUUGUCACGACAACGAAGCAGUUUCAGCGCGAUACUACGACUACAAAAACUCUCUUGUAGUUCUUUUUCUCUCACUUUUACUUCUUUCACUGCUUUGACAAGGCCUGAGAGUAAGAGGAGGAUUAGGCGUUCGUUUUCAACGAAGCUCCCCGUGGCGGCGAAACAGACGACGACGAACGACAACAACAACAACAACAACAACAACAACAACAACAACAACAACAUUAAUAAGAACGAUAUGGGAGCGAACGCGUCGAAUAACAACAACAACAAUUGUUCUCCUCUCGGUGGUGGUAAUCUGAUGUUGUUCGCGUGCUCAAAAUGCCGAGGCGAGGGCGUUUUGAUUUCGCAAUCCCGAAGGCAACGGCAGGAGAAGAAGAGGCAAGAGAAACGAGAGAUGUAUCCAAACUCGUACCAUCGCAACAGGGAUGGUGACGAUUCAGAAGACGACAAAGUGAAGGAAAGAGGCGAUGGUGUAGAAAAUAAGAAAAAGAAACAGAAGAAGAAAGGAAUGGGAGAGAAACGGGCGACGUGUGCGGAUUGUCAAGGGACCGGGUUGGUGGAUGUAAACGACGACGACGCGAGCGACGAGAGCGCUCUCAAGUAUUCAAGCGCGCAAAGCCAAGGUCACGUGUCCAUCAUUGGCGGCGGCAUCGGCGGGAUGGCGUUGGGCGUCGCGUUGCAGCACCGAGGCAUUCGGUUUACGAUAUUCGAGAAAGACGAAGAGUUCAAAGCGAGGAGGCAAGGGUACGGGUUAACCAUGCAGAGGUACUCGGGGGCGUCCGCGUUGAAGCAGUUAGGAUUGGAGUUGAACGGAGUUGGAUCCGAUGCGAACGUGGCGUUGCACAGUAACGGGAAGGUGUUGGGAGAGUACGGGCACUCGGUCGAGAAAAGGAAAGAACGAACGGCGAAUGAUGCGAGCGCUGCAAAUAGCAAUAGUAAACACUUACCGAGCGUGGCGCACUCGUUGAGGAACGUGCACAUUCCGAGACAGGAGUUACGAAAAAUGCUGUUGGAUGCGGUGAAUCCGGAGAACAUUCGUUGGGGGAUGAAGUUUGAUAGUGCCAAGACGAUAUCAGAAGACGGGGAAAACAACGACGACCCUCGCGUAGAAGUGACGUUCACAAACGGUGAAAAAAUACUCUCCGAUUGCGUUGUCGGCGCGGACGGUUUGUUCAGUCGCGUUCGCGCGCACAAGUUUGACAACCUCGACGCCAUUCACGAGGGGUUGAACUACCUCGAUUGCCUCGUCGUCCUCGGCAUUUGCCACGGCAUGGACCACGAGUUGUGUAAAAACAAAGCGUUCCAGAUUCUCGACGGGCACAACCGUUUGUUUUGUAUGCCAUUUUCAACGAACGAGAUUGCGGAAGAUAUACUGGGCUACAAAAAUGACGUCGACCCGACGUACACGAACAUCCCCCACGCGAUGAUGUGGCAACUUUCGUUCCCGUGCGAGUACGACGAAGCCGUGGAGCUUUCAAAAGAUCGCAAAAAAUUAUUGGAAGAGUCUCGAAAGCGGUGCGAAAGUUGGUGCGAACCCGCCCACACGUUGUUGAAAUCGACGAGGAGCGAGAACAUGUCCGGGUACCCGGCGUUUGAUAUGCUCAUAGAAGACGAAAUCGUGUUUCGGAAUGGUAGAAAGAAAGAUACGUCGGAUAAGGAGGCGUCGAAUGUGGAUGUAUUCACUACGCUUCUGGGAGAUGCGGCGCACCCCAUGUCGCCUUUUAAAGGGCAAGGCGCGAACCAGGCGUUAGUGGACGCCUUGAAUCUUGCCCGAGCGCUUUCCAGAGCGCCUAAAUUUCUCUUACCCGGUGAACGCACCAACGGCACGCCGCCUAAAGUCGCCAACACGAAAGAGGCGUUAGUUAUAGCAGAGGACGCGAUGUUGAAACGGUCGCGAGGGAAAGUGGAAGGUUCGAGAGUUGCCGCUAAAUAUUUACACAGCGAGGCGGCGUUAGCGGAAGGUGAUUUCGUGAGAGCGAACGUGGCGGUGUCGGCCGCGGCGGGCGAAGUGUAUGAUGGACGAAACGGAUAG